CAUCACAUCAUCCGCAGCGGCCUACUUUUCGUCGCUGUGAGAUGACGGAGCGGGUCGGCGUGUAAACAUGGAGGAGAGAGAAGCGCUGAAGAGACAGAUUGAACUUCUACAAAAUCUCAUCAACAGACAUAAGAGCGUCCAUGGCGACACCCCAUCCACAAGAGUUGAGCAGAGGCAGCAGCCAGAAGCUCCGACAUCAGCCAGAGGUCACAGCGCAUCUGUCAUCCAGCCUGACAGCUCCAGAGGGAGGCCAUAUGCUCCUCAGAGCCACGGAAGUUGGAGGGAAACGUACUCGCUGAAAAACAAGAACCCCCAGUCCUCUGUUGGCCAUCCCUCGGCUUCUACCUCCUCCUCCUCCUCCGUUCAUCAGUCUAGUUCUCACAGUAUCUCUCACAGCACCUCACUGCCCAGCCACAGCAGAGGGGACGAGGGCGAUGGAGUCAAAACUGCCACUUUACCUUCAGGGCUCCGUCAUCAGAAGAGAGAAGGACAUGUAAAGAGCAUCACAGGGAUUAGAGGAGUUGCAACAGAGAUAAAAAACACAGACACUCUCAGUAAAACAGCGGCGGCUGUGUCUCCGCACGGAGAUGGAAAAGGAGUUUCGACAGGCGCUACCAUGCAACAUGAAAUGCUUCACAGACAGACUCAAGAACUUCAGCAGAGUUCGGCUGAGAGCAGGCACGUAGUCCUGCCACAAAAGAAACCCAGCAGAUCUUCAGAAGUGCCCUCAGCCAACACCUCGACCAGUUUGCAGAGCAGCCCUCAAGCAAAGACUAAACCUUCCCCAACAAGCAAAACCAGCACGGAGACUAAACGUUCUAUUACUGCGACAACUCCAGCUAUUCUCCCGACUAAGAAUACCGCACCACCCCCCUCUGCGCUGCCUAAAGCAUCAACACAACCUUCCAUUAACCCCACGUCUCACACCAGCCGGGGCCAAGUCGGUGCAUCCUUUUUGAAAAAAUCCAAGUUCACUUGGGUGAAGAGCCAGAACGUGGGAGGAGUGGAGCCUAAACAAGCUAGUUCGAUCUCCUCCCCCACAGGCAAAGCUGUCACUAGUUCCCCAACGUCAGUGUCAAAGGCUGGAGUUGCCACUGGAAGCCCCCCCUUAAUCCCAGUCAGUAAGAGAACCCCUGCCAAGAAGUUACCUCGAAAGCUGAGUCCCGUCACUGUAGCCCCCAAGACCUCCAAGUACAAAUGGGUCUCCUCCUCUGCAGGAGCACAAGCUAAAAUAUCUCGAAAAUCACUAUCGCCCCGAACCCUGGCUCCUCCCCAGAGAGCUCUGGAGAAGGGAGAGGCCACCAGGAGACUCAGAGCACCCUCCGCUCCCUCCGGCAAGAUUAAAAAGGGGAUUGCGGGUUCCUCUAGCAGCUCGUCGCCGAGUAGCCGUUACCGCUGGAAGGCUGGAGGUCAGAGCACCUCGGCAGCAGCGACAGGAGGGGCAACGGCGGCCCGUCGUAGAUCUGCUUUCCACUGGACGUCAGAAAAAGGCAACAAGGGAGUGAAAGGAGGGCUUCUUGCUUCCCCAGCUGUAAACCAACGUACCUCCCUUACGCCCUCCUCCUCCCCCGCUGGGUUCAAGCUCCGCAGCAGGAUGAAAAUCAUUAGGAAGUCUGCUAAUAGUGGAGGUGGAUCAGAGAGGGGGACCAGCCCAUCAGCAAUAAAGUUCUCCCCACGGGGCCGCAUGCAGAGCUCCACCAGGAGUCCCAUAGGAGUUAGGAGGACACCCUCCAGGGAGCUUGUGUCUUUUGGGAGACACAAGUUGAGGCGGCUCCCCACCACCUUCUCAAGGACAGGUCCCGCCUUCUCCUCCCACCGUAGCCCCGCCUCUUCUCAGCGGGUGUUCAGGUCGCCCUACAACUUGGUGACCCGCCCAGGCUCUGGCACCGCACACCCACUCCACUACAACCCUGCCCUCUCUUGGAGGGCCAAGAGGAUCCAGACUGCCAGGAGUUUCCUUCAGAGCCGCCUGCGAUCUCCCCACGACAGACACCCGUCAUCCUCUCAGCACUGGAGAAGAAGCAAGCAUGAAGGCAUGUGCUGGAUUCGUGGCUCCCUGUACCGGGUGUCAGCCAAUAAGCUGUCCCGCACCGUGGGGUCCAACAUGUCAAUCAACCGAACAGGAAGGUCUUUCAGCACCAGCCAGGCCUCAUCCAUGAGUCCUGCUUUCAACCGACCUUUCAGUACUCGUCAUCUAGCCAGCCGGGCAGUCCAACGGAGCCUCGCCAUAAUCCGACAUGCUCGUCAGAAGAAGCAGCCGAAGCAGUACUGCAUGUACUACAACCGCUUCGGCAAGUGUAACCGUGGCAACAGCUGUCCCUACAUCCACGACCCAGACAAGGUGGCUGUCUGCACCAGGUUUCUGCGAGGGACGUGCAAGCAGGCAGAUGGUACCUGCCCAUUCUCCCACAAGGUGGCAAAGGAGAAGAUGCCGGUGUGUUCCUACUUCCUGAAGGGAAUCUGUAACAACAGCGACUGUCCCUACAGUCACGUCUACGUGUCCCGCAAAGCUGAAGUGUGUGAGGACUUUGUCAAAGGCUACUGUCCAGAGGGAGAGAAGUGUAAGAAGAAACACACUCUGGUGUGUCCAGACUUCUCUAAGACGGGAUCCUGCCCUCGAGGAGCCCGCUGUAAGCUGCAGCACCGCCAACGAGCCAAACGAAGCACCAGCAGCACCUCCACCACCCCAGCCAAGAGAGCCCGAACGAAGGAGCACUCCAAGAGGCCCUGCCUGUCUGUCGUCAUCCCGCAGGUCUCUCAAGCAGCUCCACAGACGCCCACCGAAGGUCCCCUGGCGCUGCCAUCCUUCAUCUCCCUCUCCAGCUCCCCAGAGGAGGCAGACGCACCGGACACACUGCUGACUGAGACCUCACAGGUUAAAGAGAAAAAACUGCAGAUCAAGCCUCGGCUGUGAGACUACAGAAUCCAGCAGCCCUGGAAGGAAAAACGCUUAUCAGUUAUUUCUGUGCUCCAGGUUUGUCCUGACAGGUGUGUCUGUGUCUCUUCCCUCUGCAUUUUAUCACUCAGGGCCUGAAAGUUUUAAUUUUCUAUAUAAAUCUGUUUACAUAUCAAUUUGGGUGUUUGCAAUACGGAUUUUCUCAUCAGGCUUUGUACAUUUUAAAAGGACAAAUAAAACAUGAACUCUUACCGUG